AUGCCUCCGCCCGCACCCCGCCGAGAUGACCCCCUGGCGACCUCGGGCCACUCGCUGCCGCUUUGGGAAGGGGACCACGAGAAGCUGGCCAAGAUUCAUUUUAAAAUUUUAAAAGGACAUUCGGAUGCUGUGACCUCCUGUCAUUUCUGUUUUGAAGAUACAAAAGUUAUUUCAGCCUCUUAUGACAGCACGGUAAAACUCUGGGAUAUUGCGAGUUCUGUCUCUGUUCAGACUUUUAAAGAUAAGCACACUGGACCCAUUUCUGAAUGCUGCCUGAGUCCUGAUAACAAAAGGUUGAUAACAGCAUCGUAUGAUAAAACUCUAAAGGCAUGGGAUACUGAAACAGGGAAAAUGCUUUGGUCCGUAGAGCAGGAUGGCCUCCUAACCUCAUGCCAUAUUUCUCAUGAUGGUAAAUAUGCCGUCUCUGGAUCAGAUAUGGAAAAUGCUUUAUUAAUCUGCAGUGCAGAAGAUGCAAAGCAGGUGACAUUUCUCAGAGAGUAUCACAGAAGCACAGUGAAGAGAUGCCGGUUUGAUCCUCAUAACCAGCGAGUAGCUACAGUAUCAUCUGACAUGUCUAUAAAAUUCUGGGAUAUUAUAGCACAGUCCACCACAAUCACAAUUGAACGGGCACAUAAUAACGCAAUCGCAGACUGCUGUUUUUCCUUGGAUGGUCAUUUUUUGUGUACAGCUGGUUGGGAUGAAAACAUAAAGUUAUGGGAUAUCAGAACAGGAGAAUUCCGUUCUCAUGGGCCCAUCACUUUGGAGCAAGGUCAUAUAGGUAUCGUUGGCUGCUGUGAUAUUAGUAAAGAUGCAUCAGUUUUGGUGUCUGGAGGUUAUGACAAAACAAUUGUUAUCUGGGAUACACAAGAAGCAUAUAAAAAGCUAAGUUUAAAGGGUCAUGGAGACUGGGUGACAGACAUUGCAAUUAGUACUGACAAGAAGCGGCUUGUUUCUUCCUCAAAGGACUGUACUCUGAGAGUAUGGGAUAUUGGAAAUGCCAAUGCUAUCCCUAUGGUGAUUCAAACCAUAAAAACAAGAGGCUCAAAGCUAGCUAAGUGUGAAGAAUGUGAGAAGUCUUUCCUGAUCUUUCAGAAUGAUGAAAAUGAAGUGGAAAGCAAGUGCGUGUUUUGUCGACUCUCUACUCGCAGCACGACUAUUUUACCAGUGCCCCCUCCUCUGCCUCCUGAUCUUUAAAAACAUUCCACAACGAACCAGUGUAAAAAUGCUUUCGUAUGUUAUAUUUUUUAAAACAAGUUUUUUUGUUUGUAGUUUUGUUUGAUGUAAUACGUAGAAAAUAUUUGUCUGCAAAUAAAGAAGUUUUUUUAAAAGUU